AUGUCGAAGAUCAGCGUCAAGACCACGUUCGAAGCCUCUCAAACGAUCCGCCCCAUUUACACCGGCGGAAGUCUCGCACUCGAUGCAAGCGGGCGGCUGUUGGCGUCUUGCGUGGGGGAAGAUGUACUGCUUACCGAUUUGGAGACAGGGAAGCAGCUUGCGAGCAUAGAAGGGGACGGUGAACCUAUAACUAGCAUUUCGAUAACACGGUCCGCUUCCCACUUGGCAAUAUGUUCUCGAUCGCUAGCUAUGCGGAUAUUCUCCCUUACCAAAUCUCAAGACUCUAAGUUUUUGCGACCUGAACUCCUCCGGUCCCUUAAACCGCACACUUCGCCUGUGGUGACGACCGCGAUCGAUAAUACCGGAUCACUUCUAGCCACAGGUAGUGCGGACGGCUCCAUCAAGAUCUGGGAUAUCAAGAGGGGCUAUGCAACACACACUUUCCACGGCCACGGCGGCGUUAUCUCUGCACUAUGCUUUUUUGAAGCUUCUGGCAUAAAUGAAGGCAAUCGCAAGAGCGGAAAAAAGCGAAAGAGUAAACAAGCCAAUCCGAGCCCUGAUUUUAUUCCGUUGGAGGAGCCGGCACAACACGAGGAGGUAGCGGCAGGAUUCCGGCUUGCGUCAGGAAGUGAGGAUGGAAAGAUCCGAGUGUGGGAUCUCUUGAAGAGGAAGUCUAUUGCUUCCCUUGAGUCGCAUGUUUCCGUCGUGCGCGGGCUAUCGUUUUCUGCAUCUCUAAACUCAUUAUUGUCCGCGAGCAGGGAUAAAACUAUUAUAACUUGGGAUGCUGACACGUGGGAAAUCCAAAGGAUCACCCCGGUUCUCGAGAGCGUUGAAGCUGCUGGUUUCGUUGAGGGCUCGCUAUGCUAUACUGGCGGAGAGAAUGGUCGGCUUAGAAUAUGGGAUACCAGCAGGGGCAGUGAAGUAACCCAAGACCAAGAAGCAACCUCCGAACAAGAAGGGAUUGUUGCGGUGGAAUAUUAUUCUAGGUUGCCUUUCAUUUUAACCGUACACGUUGACCAGACACUGAAACUACAUUCUGUCGACACGAUAUCUACCUUCACUCCAGGAAGUAAGAUCGAGCCGCUCCCUGUCAUUCGCAACAUUGCUGGAAACGACGAUGAGGUUAUUGAUUUGGCCUGUGUUGGUCGAGACGCAUCUCUACUCGCAAUGGCGACUAAUUCCGAAUAUGUACGAAUCGUCUCCACAACCUCGAUAGGAGGGCAAAAUUACUUUGGUGCCGACAUUGCUCGACUUGAAGGCCACGACGAUAUCGUCAUCUGUAUUGAUGUCGACUGGUCUGGGCAUUGGCUUGCCACUGGAGCCAAAGACAACUCGGCGAAGCUAUGGCGCAUUGAUCCUGCUACUAAUUCCUAUACUUGUUUCGCGACUUUCACAGGCCACGCCGAGUCAUUGGGCGCCGUUGCGCUUUCUCGAUCUCCGCCCCCAGCCGAUUCUCCAGGGUUCAAAAGCCCCCUUGACCAUCCUCCUGCGUUUUUGAUCACCGGUUCUCAAGAUCGCACGAUCAAGAGAUGGGAUACCGGCAAACUAACAAGGCCGUCUCACCCAAAAGCGGUUUAUACGAGAAAGGCGCAUGAUAAAGACAUCAAUGCACUUGAUGUUAACCAUAACGGCACACUUUUUGCGUCUGCGUCUCAAGAUCGCACAGCCAAAAUCUGGUCAUUUGAGGAUGGAUCCGUUCAAGGGAUCCUCCGUGGCCACAAAAGGGGCGUAUGGUCAAUCCGCUUUGCACCCACGGGCACACCUCCUAUUAACGCCAAAUCUGGCUCAACCACUAGCCGAGGGCUUGUUGCCACUGGCUCUGGGGAUAAAACGAUCAAACUAUGGAGCCUUUCGGAUUAUAGCUGCUUGCUCACAUUUGAGGGACAUUCUAAUAGCGUACUCAAGGUGAUCUGGCUAUCACCUCCGCGCAUAGCAAGCGCCGAUGAAGACAUUUCUUCGCGUGGUGCGGCGCAAAUCCACCCGCUUGUAGCAUCGGCUGCUGGUGACGGCCUGGUUAAAAUCUGGUCGCCUUAUACAGGAGAGGUGGAAACGACUCUAGAUAACCAUACGGAUCGUGUCUGGGCUCUAGCAACUCCAUUCCCACCUUCCGCAAGCUCCAAUCGCCCCUUGUCAAACGAGCCGCAACCUAGUUUCUCACUGAUUUCUGGUGCGGCAGACUCGACAGUAACGUUUUGGAAAGACACAACCUCUACCACGCUGUCUUCAGCGGUAUCUGCAAACGCUGCGCGUAUAGAGCAAGACCAACAACUACAGAAUUAUAUUCAUGUCGGUGCUUACCGUGAAGCCAUAACUCUCGCGCUCCAGUUGAACCAUCCCGCUCGACUUUUGUCUCUGUUCACUACCGCGAUGGACACUGAACAAUCCUCUUCUUCUCCGACUCUGACUGGAAACCCAGACAUUGAUGCUGUUAUUCAGUCGCUUUCUCUAGAUCACCUAUAUCUUCUCCUCCUUCGCAUUAGAGACUGGAAUACCAACGCGCGCACAUCACGAAUAUCGCAGCGUCUUCUCUAUGCCCUUUUCAAAUUUUAUCCACCAUCUACUUUUAUGGAAUUGGCUUCCCGACCUAACCCGUCACCCACGCGUACAAAGGGCGGCCAGGAUGCGGAGAUAAAGGAUAUUCUCCAUGCACUAACGGCCUACACAGAAAGGCAUUAUAAACGUGUUGAAGAACUGGUUGAUGAAAGCUAUCUCGUUGAAUGGGUGCUUGGGGAAAUGGAAGGCAUGGAGAUGGAUCUCGAUAUGGCAGAUGGUGACCAGAAUGAUGAUGCACUCAGGAAUGAUGUGAUCAUGGUUGGCUCUUAA